GUGCGUCACUUCAGGGCACCUGCUUUGCACACUGGGAUCAAAUAAACCAAGUUACUGCUGUCUGGGCUCCAUAACAAUAUUGUUUAACAGCUGAUCUGCUUCUAGGUCCCCCCUAAUGAGAAAAUGAACGUUUUACAAGUUUUGGCGAUUUAUACCAUCUUCACAAAAACCGCUGGCCGGCCUAACGCGUGCGGUGACGUCAUCGAAUGGGACAAGCUGAAGCUGCGGGAAGAUAGAAGCGCCGAAGGGCAGCUGUGGCCCGCAGAGAACGGGACAGUGGUCGUGCCCUUUGUCAUCAGCCCAGCGCUAAGAAACAAGACUGCUGACAUCAGGGGCGCCUUCGAAUUAAUUUCGCAGAAGACUUGCGUUGUGUUUAAGGAGCGCACGACUGACACAGACUAUCUGGAAUUUGUCAUCGGCGAUGGCUGCGCCUCUUUCGUGGGUCACUGUGGCGGCCGGCAGCCGGUCUUCAUUGGCAAAAAAUGCGCGACGGGCAACAUUUGCCACGAGUUGCUACACGCGCUGGGAUUUUACCACGAGCACGUGCGCAGCGACCGCGAUGAUUACAUCACUGUGCAAUACCAGAACAUUAAGCCAGGAAGGAAAGAAGAGUUUUUUAAAAAAGAUAUCAAUGGCAAGGAUUUGCCCUACGAUUUAAACUCUAUCAUGCAUUACGGGAGCUAUGAAUUCUCUGCUAAUGGGCAGCCAACAAUUGUCGUCAAGAAAAAGGGAGCGGUCAUUGGACAGAGGAAGAGUCUGAGCGAUCUGGAUGUUCAGCGACUUCAGAAGCUAUACGCGUGCGAUAAGCACUGAGUCACCCUUCCCAGUAUCCGAGGUAUUGCAGUGGUCCUGUAUGUACAGUCGCUUGGGGAUUUUUGUCGAUUUCACAACUGUUGGUGCUGAAAUUUGGCUUGAUCUUGGAAAUUGCAAUGUAUUUCAGCUAGUUCUGAACAGCAUACUGUGUUUUGUCAAAAAAAUAUAUACUUUGUUGGAAUAAAUUGCCUUGGGGGGGUAAUGGGCAACGUAGUGGCAUGUUCUUGAUUGAUGCUGGAUCUGUUCUGUGCUAAGAGGACAUUUUGAAAUGGAGUUUGUAAAAGGAAGUAUGAAAAUCACAGUAGUCUCCAAGGUUAAAUAGGGAUUGUCUACAAUUUGGAUUUUGAGAGAACCUAAACGGUUAAUUUAGUACUACUGCCCAUAAAUCCAAUAAACUCAAGAUUAUUUCAUAGUUGAA